AUGUCCAACCCUCCCUCUGUUAUCUCCCUCGGGAACCACCAUCCCCUCCCACCACUUCCCUCCGACUCCCCCGCGAACCGCAAUCCAUACACACACCCAGACUCCCCCUCCUCAUCUUCCUCCCCCAUCUACUCCCCAAUCUCCCCCACCACCCCACCCUCCUACCUCCACUACCACCACCACCCCCAAACCCCGCAAUACCUCAUCCCCCUCCCCCCACCAUUCCACCCCCUACCAUCUCCCUCUCCCCCACCCCUCCCAACCAUCUACAUCCUAGACGGCGACACCGCCCUCGCCCUCUCCAUCCGGCACUUCAUCCUCGAACGCGGCGGCGUCCGCAUCCGCUCCGGCUUCCUCCCCGUCCAACAAACCCCGCAUCUCGAUCCCUCGGUGGUCGUCUCUGACCCAGAGACCGACUAUGAAGGACACAUUCCCGUCUUGUUUCUGGAUAGUCCGACCGUUUACCCCGUCCGUAAGAUUGUGGGGUUUGGGCCCAUUAGUGAGUAUGUGGAUGCUGUGGCUGUUGGGGGGAGGAGGUUGUAUGGCGAGGGGGAGGGGGAGAGGGCGGUUGUGAGGGCGUUGGUGGGCGUGCUUGGGAGGGAGGUGGUGCGGCCGUUGUAUGAGUGGAAUAAUGUGGUUUAUGGUGGGGUGGGUGGGGUGAUGGAGGAGGAGGAGGAGGAAGAGUUGAUGGGGAGGGUGGUGAGGGGGUUGGAGUGGGUGGAGGAGAAGUUGGAGGAGCGGGAAAUGGAGUGGGAAGAAGAGGGGCGGAUAGGGAGAAGGGGAAGGGAGGUGGAAGAGACGGGAUAUUUGUUGGGGAGGUUCUCCGCGGCGGAUGUGUAUUUCUUUGGUCUGGUGGUGGCGCAUGUCGGUCGGUGGGAGUGGAUUUUUGAUGCCCAUCGACGGCCGCGCGUGACGGAGUACUUUGCUCGGGUGCGUCAGCGGCCCAUGACGGAGUUGGCGGGCGAGUUUUGGGAUACCGAGGUGGCGACGGUGGUCGAGCCGGGGGAGCGAUGGGGGUAUAUCUAG